UGACCUUCAGAUUAACCUUUUGGCUAACUGACAGAUUCAAAUCUGGUAUAGUGCAACCUCACCCAGGAUGAUAUUAAGUUGCACAUGCGUUUAUUUAAGGGCACCAUGACAAGAGAAGCUCAGUUGAGCACACUUUGCUAAAAUCAUGGCAACAACCCAUCAGCCUUUGCUAGACCGUACUCCCAAAAGAAAAACCUCUCUAUGGAAAGCUUUCGGUCUUUCUCUCUGUGUAGCUGCCAUCAUAGGCUCAAUUACUCUAGCUACAACAAGGCUAACCAAUCCCACAUCUUACAAUCCUUCUCUAUCAGCCCACAUCUGCGAUCCAGCCCUCGAUCGGGUAUCAUGCUGGGCCAUGGUAUCAGAAGUUGCAUCAGGCAAUAUGAUGCAAAUGAACAGUGUAGAUUUACUGCAGAUGUUCCUGAAAAAUUCCACAUCACUCAUAUGGGAUGCAAUAGAGAUGGCCAGCAAUAUCAACCGUCGGAUUAAUGACCCGAAAGAGCAAGCGGCUAUAGCAGAUUGCCUAGAGUUGAUGGACCUUUCUGUUGACAGGGUCAUGGACUCUGUAGUAGCUCUUGGGAAGCGAACAGCUCGUUUCCAUUCGAAUGCCCAUUCCUGGCUCAGCAGUGUACUCACCAACCACGUAACAUGUUUGGAUGGGCUGUAUGGCCCGGCCCGGCCCAUGAUGAAGGCUAAGCUGAAUGACUUGAUAGCAAGAGCAAGAGCCUCUCUAGCCAUGGUAGUGGCAAUAUCACCUCCACUGGCGGAUGAGUUGGUACAGCCACUUAAUGGGAGGUUUCCGCAGUGGGUCACAAGCAGGGACCGGAAGCUGUUGGGGGCUCCAGCUAAGAACAUCGCAUACAAUGUGGUGGUGGCUGCGGAUGGGUCUGGGAACUACAAGACUGUCAGUGCAGCAGUAGCCUCUGCACCAAACAAAGGGAAGACCCGCUAUGUUAUCUACGUGAAGGCGGGAACGUACAAAGAAAAUGUUCAGAUUGCAAGCGGUAAGACAAAUUUGAUGCUUGUUGGUGAUGGCAUGGGUUCGACGAUUAUCACUGGUAGCUUGAAUGUUGUGGAUGGCUCGACAACCUUCAAUUCUGCAACAGUUGCUGUUGUUGCCGAUGGAUUCAUAGCCCAAGACAUCUGGUUCCAGAACACUGCCGGGCCGCAAAAGCAUCAAGCAGUGGCAUUACGAGUCGGAUCUGAUCAAUCGGUCAUAAAUCGUUGCCGUAUUGAUGCCUACCAGGACACUCUGUAUACAAUCAGCAACAGGCAAUUCUACAGAGACUGCUAUAUUAUUGGCACGGUAGACUUCAUAUUCGGCAAUGCAGCUGUAGUAUUUCAAAAUUGCCAAAUUGUGUCCAGAAGGCCAAUGAGCGGACAAUUCAACACUGUAACGGCCCAAGGCCGAACCGACCCGAAUGAAAACACAGGAACUUCAAUCCAAAGCUGCAAUAUAACGGCGAGCUCCGACUUGCAGCCUGUGGUAGGGACCAUAAAGUCAUAUUUGGGCCGCCCAUGGAAAGAGUAUGCGGUGACUGUUGUCAUGCAGUCUUACAUUGGUAGCCUUAUCGAUCCAACAGGUUGGGCACCGUGGAGUGGAGAUUUCGCUUUGCGCACAUUGUAUUACGGUGAGUACAUGAACAAUGGGCCUGGGGCGGGAACUAGUAAGCGGGUUAAUUGGGGGGGUUAUCAUGUCAUUACCAGUGCGGCUGUAGCUGCGAAAUAUACUGUGGCUCUGUUGAUACAAGGAGGGUCAUGGUUGCAAUCCACCGGGGUAACCUAUACUGAAGGUCUGUGAAUUAGUCCAUCCAUCUUUAUUUUGUUCGCUGGUCUUCUCUCAUCUACUGUGGUUCUUGGAGAGUCCGUCGUGGUCUAUGCUACCUCUGAAUAAUUUGUACGAUUAGCUCGCCCCCUGUUUGGGUACUCGUACUCCUCUAUGUUCUCUUCUUGUGUCAUGCAGUCCUUGCGUUUGUUCAAUGAAAUAAAUCGGAUGAUUUGUUA